AUGAUGGAACCCUCAUCGGAAAAGGGAAGCGUCAGAUUGCCGGUACGCGCCAAGGCCGGCUCCAUCACGCCUCGGAGGCUCCUGGCCGUGGCCGUUCUCUUCCUCGUAACCGUUGGCUUCAUGCACAAGUCGUUCGGCCAGUGCUACCACCGCCUCCGUGAACAUAUCUGCGGGCCUCUAUCUGUCGAAGAGCGAGCUGAGAGGGUCCUGAAGACGACGCCCUUGAUUGAUGGCCAUGUCGACAUGCCUCUGCUGUUCCGGUACUUUUACCACAACCAGAUUGACAAUGACGAUGUUAAGCAGGCCUUUGAGAACGGAACAUUCCCGGGUCACAUUGACAUCAAGCGUCUCCGAGAGGGCAUCUCGGGCGGCUCUUUCUGGAGUCUCUAUGCUCCUUGCCCGGAGCAUGGCGAUGACUUUUCCGAUGAGAAUCUCGCAGCAAGCGUCCAAUUCACCUUGGAUCAAAUAGAUGUCAUGACGCGCCUCCAGGAAAUCUACCCCGACGACUUCUCGCCAGCCAAGGGUCUGUACGCCUCCAACGCCCUGGACGCCUGGAAGAAGGGGCAGUUCAUUUCACCCCUUGGAAUCGAGGGCCUGCACCAGAUCGGCAACAAGGCUGCCAACCUGCGCCGCUUCUACGACCUCGGAGUACGAUACGCCACCCUCACGCACAACUGCCACAACAAAUACGCCGAUGCCGCGUUGCUGGAGAGCCCCUUCCGCAAGGCCGAGCCGCUGCACCACGGCGUCAGUCCCGAGGGUCGCAGUCUCAUUCACGAGAUGAACCGCAUCGGCAUGAUUGUUGAUAUUUCCCACGUCAGCGACGACACCAUGAUUGAUGUACUCGGCGGUAAUGACAGCUGGGAAGGCUCCAAGGCUCCCGUCAUCUACUCACACAGCUCGGCCUACGCCAUCUGUCCCCACCCGCGCAACGUCAAGGAUCACAUCCUCCAGAUGGUCAAGGGCACUAACUCAGUCGUCAUGGUCAACAUCUCGCCCGACUUCAUCUCCUGCAAGGACACGGGUGCGGACAAUGGUGUCCCCGAGUUCGCCCCUGAGGACAGCACUCUGGACCGUGUUGUCGACCACAUCACGUACAUUGGUGACCUGAUCGGCUACGCCCACGUCGGCAUCGGCACCGACUUCGAUGGCAUUUCCUCCACCCCCGAGGGCCUCGAGGACGCGUCCAAGUACCGCGUCCUCGUGGCUGAGUUGCUGCGUCGCGGCGUUAGCGAGGAGGAUGCUGGCAAGGUAGUUGGCGGUAAUGUUCUGCGUGUCUGGACUGCUGUUGAUGCUGUAGCUGCCAAGUUGCAGACCGAGGGCGCGCCGGUUCUCGAGGACAGGGUCGAACUCAAGUUCUAG